AUGGGAAUAGUUCGAAAAUUUCUUAAACUAUUUGCUAUUUGGUUUUUUCCAUACCAUUACGCCGAAGCUCAAUUACCAGGAGGUACACAUGACUUUAUUGUGAUCGGAGCUGGAACUGCUGGAAGUAUAGUAGCUAGUCGCCUUUCAGAAAAUCCGCAUGUCCACGUUUUAUUACUUGAAGCUGGUCCAAUGACGGAACCUCCAUUGAGUUUUGUACCCGCGAUGUCAAUUAUGGCCUUCGAAAAUUCUUUGUGGAAUUGGGAAUACACGUCAAGCACACCCGGUAGAUGUCUCGGUAUGGUCAAUCAAGAAUGUUGCAUGCCCCAUGGCAAAGGUCUUGGUGGAUCAUCACUUAUUAACGGGAUGUUGUACGUGCGUGGAAAUAAAGCGGAUUACGAUGCAUGGGAAAGUGACGGAUGCGAUGGCUGGAAUUGGAAUGAGGCGUUAAAGUACUUUAAGAAAGCCGAACGAAAUGACGUAGAUCCUGCAAGAGGAAAAUUCGAUCCUAAUGUUCAUGGCACGGAGGGAAAAAUGAAUACAGAUUUUGCGUUUUAUCGCACAAAACUUAUGGAAGAUAUAUAUGAAGCAGGCAAAUCUAAAGGAUAUGCAUGUGAUUUCGAUUAUAAUAAUGGAAGUCAAUUAGGAGUGCAUUUUGCGCAAACUAAUACACAUAAUGGACAUCGAGAAGACACAGGAUCGAGAUAUGUUCGAGAUGUGUCAUUACGAUCCAAUUUAGAUUUAAGUGUAAACACGCAUGUGACGAAGAUUUUGUUCAAAGGAAACAAAGCGACAGGUGUUUUGUAUAAACUACUGGGACUUACAUUCAAAGCGACGGCUACGAAAGAAGUAAUUUUGUGUGCUGGCACGAUCAACUCUCCGCAACUUCUGAUCUUGAGUGGUAUUGGACCGCAAGAAACUUUAACUAAAUUUAACAUUCCUUCGGUCAAAUAUUUGCCAGUAGGUCAAAACUUGCAAGACCAUCCUCUAACCUUGGCUCCCUUGUACAGUUUAAAUACCACCGGAAAUGCCGUAUCUCCUGAUGAUUUCUCAGUGUUGAAUAGUUUAUUGUUGAUUUUUAAUCAACCGAAUCCCUUACAUAUUCCCCAAAGCUCAGAAGGCUUAGUUUUUGUCAGAAUGAAUGAUUCUACAUUGCCUGCUGGAGUUCCCGACAUUGAACUACUCAUGUCGUCUAUAAGUCCAUCCAAAGGCGGAAAUUACCUGCGAGAUGCGAUCUGCUUUGAACAAAGUUUUUUCGAUAAAGCGUUUGCGGGCUUGAUAAACCUUGAAAAUGAUACAAUAUCUCUCAUUCCAAUGUUACUUCAUCCAAAAACGCGGGGUUAUGUUACGAUUCGUGAUACAAAUCCCUUCUCGAAACCCAUCAUUCGUAAUUUUAUGCUCGAAGACCCAUACGACAGGAAAGCAAUGCUUUUUGGAAUUCGAAGGACACAAAAAAUCAUCGAGUCCACAGCCUUUGCAAAAUACAAUCCGCAACUGUAUCGAUUUGAUAUCCCGGCAUGUAAUAAUUUCGGACCUAACAGUGACGAAUAUUGGCUCUGCGUCAUGGGUUACAUAACAAGAACAGUUUAUCACGAUUCCGGAACAUGUCGCAUGGGCGUCAAAAAUGACAAAAAAACGGUCGUUACGCCAGAUUUGAAGGUUAAAGGUGUUCAGAAGUUGAGAGUUGUUGAUGCUUCGGUAAUUCCGCUUGUCAAUUCAGGACAUACGGCAGCGCCUACUAUGAUGAUUGCUGAAAAGGCGGCAGAUCUCAUCAAGUUGGAGCAUGGAAUACACACACACACACAAAUCGAGUUUAAUACUGCAUUUUUUCUUUGA